AACAGUACAACUUUGAUACAAAAGUCAUCAGUGGAUAAACAAGCAUCAGCUGUGUUGAGCACUGUUGUGCUAAUUUCUUGGAAGUAAAUUUGUGUUCCAUGAAUUGGGAAAUAUUCUGCAUUUAUUCUUCGGACAGUAAGAUUACUGUUCAGCACAUGUAACUCUUGAAGGGGAGGGAAGAAUAGACAGAGAGAGAAAGAGAGAGAGAGAGACUAAGGGGAUUAGGAGGCUUCUCUCAAAACAGUGGCCAUGCCAGUCAGAGCAUUUUCAUCCUCACUUUGAACUAUUGGUGAAUUCUCCAACAAGAGACAGAUUGGAUCACAGAGCAAGUCAAGUGAAGAAAAAAAUGGGAUAGUUAAGGUUAAAAAGGUUUGGGUAUUUAUGUGAUAAUCAGAAACUAAGGCUGGACUUGACUACAACCAGUUCUUGAAGAGCAGAGGAUAUGAUAUGGAAAAUGUGUAUCUAAAAUAUAUUUGAUUUCUGGUUCCAGUGGCUUUCUUCUCUUCAUACCAUCAAGAACUGGUGUUUAGGAUUACCAUUCAUUAUGUGACAGUCUCAUUCUUGAUCCGACGUGGUUUUUGGUUUUGUGUUCCACCUGUUGGAUAGUUAAAUGGUGCUAAUGACUGAGAAUGGUGUUGCAGGAGGUGUACUUCUGGUCAAAGAUCACCAACACCGCACCGGCCAAAACCGAGUGAGAGACUGGAACAAUGAAGAGUCCUCAAUACAAAGCUCCUCUUUUGUGGUACCAACAGAGGACUGUUAUUAUGCAGAUGAUGAAGAGCACCAUCGUUAUGAUGAUGAUGAUAAUGAUGAUGACGUCUACCAAGAAUUCGAGGAGUUGGACUUUUCAGAACUACCAGAUACCAAGAGCAUUGUGUCAGACGAUUCCUUCUACCCACCUGAUGAUUCGCUCCACUUUGAAAAAUGUCAGAAUCCUGAGAGCCCCGAGCCAAUCAGCUUCUUCAAAGCUUGCUGCACUAACAACGCCAUCAUUGUCAAAAUCAUGAUAAGACAAGGUGUGACGGAGGAGGAAGUACGAGAGGUGGACAAAAAUAACAGAACGGGUCUGAUAGUGGCGUGUUACCAGGGCUACGUGGAUGUGGUCAUUGCACUUUCUCAGUGUCCAUAUGUGGAUGUGAACUGGCAAGAUAAAGAAGGGAAUACGGCUCUCAUAACUGCUGCACAGGCAGGCCACAGUAUGAUUACCAACUACCUGCUGAACUAUUUUCCCGGGCUUGACACUGACUGCAGGAACUGCCAUGGCUUCACAGCGAUGAUGAAAGCAGCUAUGCAGGGUCGAGCUGAAUGCGUACGGUCUCUUAUGAUGACAGGAGGAGACAUUGAAGCAAGGGACUUAGGCCGUAAGCUGACUCCACGUGAAUGGGCCCUGUUCACGGGCCGCUACGAGACUGCCAACCUGAUGGCCCGACUGAUGGAACAGCCAUGUGCCGAACAGUUCUGUGACUCUUACCACAUGGAGUGGCCUAUGCUAAGCAAACUGGUGGCUUGUUCAAAACAGCCCAAGUCCUGCUGGAGAAAGUUCUCAGAGUGCGUCUGUAACUUGUUUACCAUCAGUUUGAAGACCAACCCUUUGGAUGAAGGCGUCAUGGACUACAUGGUGCGCAUGACCACAGCGCUGGCCAGCCCUUUCAUAGCCACCGCCUGCCACACCGUGUGCCCGGGCAGCCCUCCGUGUGUAGGAAAACGUCGCCCUGCUGUCCAGGACAUCCUCCGUAGACAGCGUCUGGCUGAGCUGAAGAACCUUGGGCCUGAGCGCCUCAACAACUACAAGCGCCUAUUCCAAAACUCCAGGGUGCUGCUGGUGCCGAAGAAGCAGGAGCGGCGUGCCAGUCUGCAGCCGCAGUUACUGCACAGUGUCGCGAUUGCAUCCACCAUGGCUCUGAGGAGAAGCAGCCUGCUGCCACUUCACAUGAUGCGCAGGAGCAGCGUCCGUCCUGGGAUCGUGGUUCCUAAAGUCAUGUUGUUGAAAGCACCUCCUCCUUCAUACAUCCCUGAGCGUCCGCCGCGCAGAACUUCAAAAGAAUCACCACACAUACAAAUCCCUAAAUGGAAGUACAAAGCUCUAAAGGAGGAGAGGAAGAAAGCUGAACGCUUGGAAAGAUUGAGACUGCCUACUGGGAGCAAAAAGUGAUGUGGCUUUUGAUGCCUUAGUGUUUUUAAGGAAGUUUUCCACUGUGAAGGCUUGUGGUCAGUGUGA